AUGUCAUCACCACCAAAUCCACGCGCAAGGAAGCAACCUCGAAGAGGUCGUUAUUCCUCUCAGUUAGCAAGUACCAGAGGAAACGCCAGAGGCGGCAGAAUUGUCCAAACCACAUCACCUAUUCAAAAUGCGCCAUUCUCUACUUCUGCAUCUUUUGCAGAGGAGAUGUCUGCAGUUGCUGCUCCUCCACUCAGUGCUCCAGUACCUCUCAAUACUCCACGAUUUGCAGAUCUCGGUGCUGAAAAACUCCUCGACCCAGUUCUUCUCAAGACGAUCACUGAAGAUUUGAAAUUCGACCAUAUGAUGCCAGUUCAAGCUGCCACUCUCCGUCCUUUACUUUCAGAACGUGUCGACUGCUUGGCACAGGCAAAGACUGGAACUGGAAAGACCAUUGCUUUUCUGAUUCCAGCAAUCCAAACUCUCAUUAACAAACAGCGACGUCCUCAAGAUGGAGUUUCUUUGUUGGUCAUGACACCAACUCGAGAGCUCGCACAACAAAUCGCAAAGGAAGCAAGUCAAUUAUUGCAACGUAUUCCUGGCUGCAAAGUCGGGUUCGCCAUCGGUGGCACGAAUAAGACCUCAGAGGAGAAAAAUAUCUUGAAUGGUUGCAAUAUCCUUAUCGCCACUCCAGGUCGAUUAUGUGAUCAUCUUAGUGAUGAAAGAGUUAUUCAUGCUUUCCGCAAUCUUGAUACUCUUGUUUUCGACGAGGCAGAUAGGUUACUUGAUAUGGGAUUCAUGAAUGCCAUCAAAGAUAUUAUCAAAUGUCUUCCAAAUAAGGAGAAGACAAACAGACAAGGAAUGCUUUUCUCUGCCACCAUUGCUCCUCAUGUGGAGAAAGUUGCUCACUUAGUUCUCUCCAAAGAUUAUAAGUUCAUCUCGACCAUUGCCAAGGGAGAAGUCAAUACUCAUGAACGUGUUCCUCAACAUCUCAUUACCGUUCCAAGUUUCUCUGAUGUGGCGUCAGCAAUGGUAGGUUCUAUUCGCGAGGAAAUGAAAUUGGAGGGCAAAGCCAGCUUCAAGGCUAUUAUCUUUGCACCUACCGCUGCCCUCGUUGAUUUCUACGCCCAUGUUCUAUCUCAACUACCAGACCUCCCAGUCAUCACCAAACUACACUCUCGUGUAACUCAAAGCAAGAGAACAAAUGUCACCAACGAAUAUCGCGAAGCUACGAAUGGUAUUCUCGUAGCCACAGAUGUCGUGGCUCGUGGCAUGGAUUUCCCUUCCGUCACGAACGUCUUCCAAGUCGGUAUCCCCGCCGAUAAAGAAUCAUACAUUCAUCGUCUAGGACGUACAGCCAGAGCCGGAAAAGAAGGCCGUGGUGUAUUCAUCGUUACCCAAGCUGAAACUCCCUUCUCCAAAUGGACAUUAAAAGAAAUCAAAUUCGUAGCUACGGCAGCAGAUCUGAGCUCCGCAAGAGAAGUCCUAAACAUCGCCUCAAAAUCCGAAAACCCCAACAAGACAUAUCAAGCAUGGCUCGGCUACUAUAAAAAUCACCUCAAGCUGUUGAAUUGGGACUGCGCGGAGUUGGUCCGACAGGGAAAUGUCUAUGCAAGGGAUGCUAUGGGCAACUUGGAACCGACUCUCUUUAAAAGUAUAGUUGGGAAGAUGGGUCUCAAGGGAACUCCAGGAUUGACCAUUCUUCCUGAUCCACCAAAGCUACCAGGUCCAGGUCGUGGUGGAGCUGGUCGUGGUGGUUAUGGUGGUGGGGAAGGGAGGAGCGAGGGGAGUGGUGGAAGAGGUGGUCGAGGUGGUGGUGAAGCGAGUGGUGGACGAGGUGGUGCCACUGGUGGAAGAGGUGGUGCGAGAGGUGGUAGAGGUGGCUUUGGAAGAAACUAA